AAUUGAAAAAGCAACUCCAUACUCACAAUUGACGCCACCAAUAACCUUUUGAAGAAUUUAUAUAUAUAUCAUUAUUCAAAAAAUUUGGAUUUGUUGAAAGUGUAAGAUACUAUUUCAAUAAUUAGAACAAAGAAAUUUAAUAUUGCACAUAUUGAAUUGUUUUCAUUUCCUUACUUCUUUUUUUUUUCUCCAGUGUCAACAUCGAUAUUGAAUCGUUGAAGAGGGUCUCUAAUUAGAAUCUGGGUUUUGUUUAUAUUUAUUUUAAACGAGAAUUUUUUAGGUAUUAGUCAACAGUCAAGUUUCUUAGCUCAAGAUGUCACUUCAAGAUCUUAUUCCUGUUGUUAACAAACUUCAAGAUAUUGUCACUUCGACACAACUUGCUGAUUUAGAUUUGCCUCUUUUGGCAGUGGUUGGAUCACAAUCUUGUGGGAAAUCAUCAGUAUUGGAAAAUAUUGUUGGUAAGGAUUUUCUUCCUCGUGGUACUGGUAUUGUUACUCGUAGACCACUUAUCUUGCAAUUGAUCCAUAUCAAUCCAGAUGAAGUUGGUAGUGAAAUUCCAUCUCAAAGUUCAACACCUGCUUUCAAUUCAGACGUGUCUUCGUCAGAAAAUGAACAAGAAGUAAAUCUUGAAGAUCAUCUUAGACGUCAUGCUAAUGGUGGAAAAGUUCCAAAGCAAACAUCAUGGGGUGAAUUUCUCCAUAUCCCAAACAAAAGAUUUUACAAUUUUAACGAAAUCCGUAAUGAAAUUGCCAAUGAAACCUCAAGAAUCGCAGGUCAAAAUAAGGGAAUAAGCAGACUACCAAUUAACUUGAAGAUCUUCUCCGAUAAGGUACUUAAUCUUACUCUUGUUGAUUUGCCUGGUUUGACAAAGAUUCCAAUUGGUGAUCAACCAACUGAUAUUGAACGUCAAACUCGUAAUUUGAUCUUGGAAUAUAUUUCUAAACCAAACUGUAUUAUCUUGGCAGUAUCACCAGCUAAUGUUGAUUUAGUUAACUCUGAAUCUUUGAAAUUGGCAAGACAAGUUGAUCCUCUGGGUAAAAGAACUGUUGGUAUUUUAUCUAAACUUGAUCUUAUGGAUCAAGGAACCAAUGCUCUGGAUAUUUUAAAGGGUAAUGUUUAUCCUUUAAAACUUGGAUUCAUUGGUAUUGUUAAUAGAUCUCAACAAGAUAUUAGUGAUAAUAAAUCUAUGGAAGAUUCUUUGUUUUCGGAACAACAAUUUUUCAUGAAUCAUCCAGCUUAUCGUCUGAUGUCAAAUAAAUGUGGAACCAAAUUUUUGGCACAAACUUUGAAUAAGAUUUUAAUGAAUCAUAUUCGUGAUAGAUUACCUGAUAUUAAGGCUAAAUUAAAUACUUUAAUGGGUCAAGCAGAGCAAGAAUUGGCUAGCUAUGGUGAAAUACCAUCUGGUUUGAAUGAUUCAAAGGAAAGUAGAGGAGCUCUAGUAUUGACAUUGAUGACCAAAUUUGCCAAUAGUUUUGUUAACUCUAUUGAAGGAACUUCAAUGAAUGACAUUUCCACCAAGGAGUUAUGUGGAGGUGCAAGAAUUUAUUACAUUUAUAAUGAGGUUUUUGGUUCUCAAUUGGCUUCCAUUAACCCAACACAUAACUUAACCAUUCAUGAUAUCAGAACAGCCAUUAGAAAUUCUACUGGUCCAAGACCUUCAUUGUUUGUUCCGGAAUUAGCAUUUGAUUUAUUGGUAAAGCCUCAAAUUAGUCUUUUGGAAACUCCAUCGCAUAGAUGUGUUGAAUUGGUCUACGAAGAAUUGAUGAAGAUUGUCCACAAUGUAUGCUCAUCUAGUUCAAGUAGCUCCAUUGGGAUUGAAUUGAAUCGUUUCCCAAAAUUACAAAGUAAAUUGAUUGAAGUUGUUUCAGAUUUAUUAAGAGAAAGAUUGGGACCAACCAUUAAAUACGUUGAAUCUCUCAUUGAAAUCCAUAGAGCUUAUAUUAACACCAAUCAUCCAAACUUUGUGGGUGCAGCAAAGGCGAUGAGUAUUGUUGUUGCUGAGCGUCAAAAGCAAAAAGAACUUGAACUGAGAGCAAAAUUGAGACUUGCAAGUGAAAAAAUUUUAAACGGAAAGAAGUCGGAAAGUAUUGAAGAAGAAGUUGAAGAAGCUGAAAGAGAAUUAAGUGAUGGAAUUGAAGAUAUCAACCAAGUAGAUGACGAAAUCAAACCAGUUAGUAAACAUAAGAGAAGUGAUUCCAACAAGACAACUUAUUCUAUCAAGUCCGAAUCUACACCAAAUUUGAGCUCAUCCAAUUCACACAACCACCAGUAUGCAAACACUAGUUCUAGUUCAAUUAAUGCUCAAAGUCAAGAAUCAUAUUUGAAUUAUUUCUUCGGAAAGGAUCCAAUAACACAUCAACAACAUUUACAAGCCCAAGCGCAAUUAAACCCAACCCCAUUCAAAUUCCCUCAAUAUCAAGAAUCUACUUUACAAUUUACUGAUCCUUCACACAUGAACGGUGGUCUUGGUAACGGGUACAUGUCACACUCCCAACCUUCGUUAUCAUCUGACCUCAAGGCAAUGCAAUUAAAUGAAGAACAAAAUAUGAUUGAAAACAUGCAAGCAGAAGAUUCAUUGAGUGAAUUGAGUGAACGUGAACAACUUGAAUGUGAAUUAAUCCGUAGAUUAAUUGUUUCAUAUUUUGGAAUUGUAAGAGAAAUGAUUCAAGAUCAAGUUCCAAAGCUGAUUAUGUGUUUGUUGGUCAAUUAUAUCAAGCAACACAUACAAAACAGAUUGGUUGUUAAAUUGUAUAGUGCAGAUUUAUUCGAUGAAUUGUUGCAAGAAGAUGCUAGUAUUCAAGUUGAAAGAGAAAAAUGUCUCGAAUCUUUGAAGACUUACCGUGAAGCUUCAAGAAUUAUUAGUGAUGUUGUUUGAUAUAUCAUUUUAAAUCUUAAACUAUCUGUACAUAGGCAUUGAAUCUAGUAUUGCUAUUCCAUAUAUGUAUACUUCUUUUUAUGCACUCUGAAGCUCCGAAAGGUUGUUUCGCUUCAAUACUCUGUUGUACAUAUG